AUGUACAUUCGGGGAAUUGAUGAACCUCUCAUAUCCCGAAUAUUUGCUAUAACACUAACUGGGGCAGCACAGGCGUGGUUCUCAACCCUGCCUGCAAAUUCCAUCGGAUCCUUUGAGGAAUUCAGACAGAAGUUCCUAUUGAACUUUGCAACCAACAAGAAGCAUCCAAAGUCCGAGUUCGCUCUUGGAAAGAUACGACAGCAACCUGGAGAAACCCUCCAAAAAUACCUUAACCGGUUCAAGGACGCUGCACUGCAGGUCCCAGGGUUGCAAGAGAAUGUCCACGUCCACCUCAUUGUGGCAGGUCUGGAUGGUGCAUCCAGACUCGCCAAGUCGGUCUAUAAGGACCCAGUAAGGACGUUGGAGGAAUUUAGAACUCGUUCGAAGAAAUAUCUCGAACUAGAAAAAAUGGAGAUUGCAAAUGCGCAACCUGAUGAAGGCAAAAGAGCAAGCCCGAGAAGGAGGAGCCCCCCCCCCCCCCCCCCGGCGAAGGGAAAGGAACGAGUUGAACACAAGAAGAAAGAUCAACGCCAACGAAUCCCGGACAUGAGGGACCGCAUUGAUAGGUAUGACAAGUAUACACCUUUGAAUGCGUCGCAUUCUCAAAUCUGGAGAGAAGUAGCCACGACGGAGAUGAAAAAGGUGGAGAGACCUUGUCCCAUAUUUGACAGAGGAGGGUUAGAUAAGUCCAAAUAUUGCGUUUUUCAUGAUGGGCCAGGUCACACAACUAAUCAGUGCUGGGAUCUCCGAGAUGCUGUGGAGAAGUUUGUAAGAGAUGGUAGAUUACGUUAA